AUGAGGAAGAACAAAGGGAAAGUGAGCAGUACUGAGAAAGAGUUUGUGUUUGAGUUCAAGGCAGGAAGAAACUUUUGUGUUCUCAAAGUGCCGCUUCAGUUUCCUUUCCAAGAAAAUGUUAACGAUCUUCAUGGCAGACUCAUGCUGCUUCAUAAAAUCCCUCCUUUUGUAGAAUAUGAUUUAAAGAACAGACUUGUUGCCUUCAUUAAGAGAGAAACUUUAGAAGAUUAUGACCGUGAAGCUGAAGCAGCUCUGCAGAGGAUCUCUAAUGGAGAAGUUGAUAUUAAUAAACUGACCAACGUGUGGGCCAAGGCUUACGCUGAGACAACGCUAGAACACGCUCGACCCGAGGAGCCCAGCUGGGAUGAGGACUUUGCAGAUGUGUAUCACGAGCUGAUUCACUCUCCGGCCUCAGAAACUCUGCUCAACCUGGAACACAACUACUACGUCAGUGUGUCUGAGUUAAUCAGUGAGAGAGACAUGGAGCUCAAGAAACUUCAGGAGAGGCAGGCAGCAGAAAUGGACAAAGUGAUGCAAGAGCUGGGAAAAACCUUGAGCGAUCAGGACGUUAAUACAGUAGCAGCGCAGCACUUUGAAGCUCAGCAGAUUUUGGAGAGCAAGUGGGCCAGUGAGCUGAAGCAGGUAACUGGCAUUCAGAAACAGGAGUAUCAGGAGUGGGUGGUGAAACUGCACCAGGAUCUCCGUAACCCUAACAACAGCACCAUCAAUGAGGAAAUUAAGGUGCAGCCUGGGCAGCUGGCCGAGUCCGGAGAGCUGGGAGCCAGGCUGUUCGAGGAGCAGCGACAGCUGGAAGAGAGCUUUACCAUUCACUUAGGGGCUCAACUGAAGACGAUGCACAAUUUGCGGCUGGUCCGAGCUAACGUGCUGGACUUCUGCAGGCACAGACGCCAUGGCAGCGGUGGCAGUGUAAAGCUGCGACGAUUACAGACGGCACUCUCUCUAUACUCAUCCUCUCUCUGCGGCCUUGUCCUGCUCGUCGAUAACAGAGUGAACUCUUACAGUGGCAUUAAGAGAGAGUUUGCCACGGUGUCCCAGGAAUGCACAGAUUUCCAUUUCCCUCGCUUAUCUGAGCAGUUGGAGGUGGUCCAGCAGGUGGUGCUGUAUGCACGGGCACAGCGCAGCAGCAAGCAGAGAGAACAGCCGGAAAUGACAAGAAACGGAAGCAAUGAUGACAAAAACAAGAACAUUGAGCGAAACCCUUCAAAUAUCCUUCCUGGUGAAUUCUACAUCACUCGCCAUUCCAACUUGUCAGAGGUGCACACAGUCUUCCAUCUCUGCGUGGAUGAUAAUGUGCGCUCUGCGAACCUCACAGCGAGAGACCCGGCUAUUAUGGGCCUGCGCAACAUCCUGAAAGUGUGCUGCACACACGACAUCACCACCAUCACCAUCCCACUGCUGCUGGUGCACGACAUGUCGGAGGAGAUGACCAUUCCCUGGUGUCUGAGGCGAGCUGAGCUGGUCUUUAAAUGUGUGAAAGGUUUCAUGAUGGAAAUGGCUUCAUGGGAUGGCGGAAUCUCCCGAACGGUUCAGUUCCUCGUCCCACAGAGUAUCUCAGAGGAAAUGUUUUACCAGCUUAGCAACAUGCUGCCUCAGAUCUUCAGAGUCUCCUCCACCCUUACGCUCACAUCCAAACGCUGACCAUUACACACAAAGUACCAAGAAGAAGCUUUUAAAGUUCAUAACGUCAGUACUUCCACCUCUGAAGAACAACAUGAAGGAGCUCGAGUAACAGAGGUGCUGUGUAUAGGAGCUUUAAGUGUAACUGGCUGAUGAUUGUAUGUUGCACUUUGGCGUUCAUUGCAUUUUAUAAAGCAGCACUUCAAAGCUUGAGUUCAGUCAAAGUCGAAAGUUUACAUACACUCAUGAGGGACAUGUAUAGGGCAACUUAAAAAUGAUGCUUGUGGUUUGUUAUAAGUAAUAUGUU